AUGACGAGCCUGGUUUCUCUUGGUCAUGAACUGAGAACCGUGAAGGAUGAACUGGAUGAAAGAGUGUAUCAAUGCAAACGAGAACAAAUAGAGAAAAAGUUCUCAAAGCUCAACGAGAAUGACUUGGUAAUGGAAGAUGCCAUCAAGGAUGCGGCAUCGACGUUUGAGGUGGUUCGAAAUGAAACCAAAUCUAUCCGUAACCUAAAGCAACAGCUUAAUGAGGCAAAGAUGGCCAUGGGCAACGAGGUCACCAAGUCCCACGAUCAACUCAAGACAGCUCUGUCCAAGGUGAAAACGAGUGAUUCUUGCAGUCCUUCUGUCCACAAGUUUAAUGCUAUCAUGUUGGAGAAAAAAAUCGAGGGUGCCGAGAUGCAACUUGAAAUGGGUCUGAAGAAGCUGCGAAAGAUUGAGGUCUACGAAAAGGAACUAGACACUGCUACUGCAGAUCUUCUUUCUGUGCUUUCAAUAUACCAGCAACGGUGUGUUGAUCGAAUCUUGAAAUCACCAACACCUCCUCCGCAAGAUGCCGAGCCGAGCUUGCCAACCAAGCAGUCAGCUCAAGUUCAUGUUGUUGUCGAAGCCAUACGGCGUCUUCGUGAAGAAAACGAAACGCUCAAGGCGGACCUCGAAUCCAUGGCUAUCGACUUGAACGACAGCUCGAGCAAUCAAGAAUCGUCACUAAUUGUCCAAGAGUUGGAAAACGAGGUAUCCCAAUUGAAAUUGCAGCUCUUUGAGAUGCAGCAAAAUCAAGAAACGGAACGCGCGAAAAUGGAUACUGCCAAGAAGAGUACCCCUGAAGAAAACAAUGAAGAUGAUACAGCUGAAACGGAAUCGGAAACGGAACGGCCUGAGACGGAAUCAGAAUCAGAAUGGGACAAGCCCGAGACUGAACUGGAACCUGAAAAGGCCAACCCGGAAUCGGAAAUGGAAAAUAUUGAAGAAAAGGUCGAGUUUAAAAUCGAAGACAGCGCAAGGACUGCCAUGAAUCAAGCAGCUGAUGAAAAAAGUGUCGCUCUGAAGGAUGAAGAAGACAGCUACGGAUUCGAAGACAUGGCUCCAUCUCCAGUCCCAAUGCCCAAACCUGUGGUUGACAUGGAAGAUAAGCUUGCAGAGCUGGAACUUCACGACAUGGGUGACAUCAAGCUGCUUCAACCUGACUACGAACAACUCGUGAUGGAUCAAAUGAGACACGAGGAGGAGCUUGAAGAGUAUGCGGUGCAGAUCCUUGGCCUCAAGGAAAGCAUCGCAGAAUUGGAGGACGAGAACAGAGAGCUCAAGGGACAGCUAGCCUUCGCAGAAGGCGAGGAUGCAUCUGCGGAUGAAAUUCAGCAGUUGGAAUCCGAAGUCGCCAUGUGGAGACUUAAAUACGAAGAAUCCGCCUCUGGUAGUUCGCAGGUACACCGGUUGCGUGUGGAGCUCGAACGAAGCAAAGCCAAGUCAAAGAAGCGAAUCGCCGUCUUGCAAGAGGAUCUCCAAAUGCUUCAGAAGCAAGGUUCUGACCGUAUCCAAAACUUGAUCAAAAAGUUCAAGGCCUUCCAAGAAGAGGGAGCUGCACGUGUUCAUUCUCUUGAAGUGGAACUAGAGAAGUCAAGGGCCCAAGUGGAACGACUCAAGAAUCGACGUGGCGACGAAGACGACGAAGCCGAAGAAGAAGCGGAAAGAGAUUCCCCGGAACCGAUGUUCGUAGACGAAAGUGCAGAUUCCGAAGUUGAUGAUGCUGAAAGUGACGAUGACGAAGCCGAAUAUCCUGAAUGUGACGAUUCCGAAGUUGAAUAUCCUGAAAGUGAAGAUGACGAAGCCGAUGAGCCUGAAACCGUUGAAACUACUUCCCAAUCCCCGGAGUGUGCCGGGGAAGAUGCUACUGCUGGUGCUGAUGAAAGUGAGCAAGUGCGAUUGGAUUGCGCUGGUGACAAGAAUCACGAUCAAGCUGACGAAACAGGUAAGCUUCGAGAACAGCUUGAGAAGAUGAAGAAAUCAAUGAAAGAAGCCGAAGCGCGAUCAAGCAUUGAAAUCAAGAAACUGCAAGACACAAUAGCAUCUAUGAAAGCAGAACGAGAGAUGAAGCAAGACGUCAUUUCAUCUCUCCAUGAGCAACUGAACACAGCUGAAACAGCGUUGACGCAAAAGACGAAAUCGACCAACUUCCCGACGAUGUAUUUGUAUGGAUCGCCAUUGUAUGACUCCGAUACGGACUAA